UUGGGCGGUGGAUGCUAUUGACCUGGAAUAUUGUAAGAUGCACCGUUGUAUUCCGUGCUUCUCGUUUCGAUCAUCUAUCUGUAAUGGUUCGUGUGCGGCACAACGGAAUCUAUUGAACUGACGUUUUUUUUACUCGGGUUGUGCGUUAAUUGCUAUUAUUUGCUGGAUCGUGGCGAGUGUAGGCGACAGCAGACAUAACGAGUGCGGGCUCUGAUUUUGCCUGUGAUUGCUGACACCGAAACGAGCUAUACGGAGCCAUGCCGUUACGGAGUAACCCUGGAGACGCUUGAUUGAUCAUGAUGAAGACCGAACCCUCGUCCGCAAAGACGGCUAACGCCACCACGCUCCGCAGCCCAUCCCCGCACCGCAACGCGUACGAGGCGAGCAUCGGCGCGCUGCGACCGGCCAACGAUAUCCUCAACAGUGCAGCGAACGGCGAUGCCCAGGAUGGUACGAAGCAGAGGCAGUCGAACCGCGGCCGCACGUACGGCUCCAACGUGCACCGCAUCAAAAACAUGUUCAUGCAGAUGGGAGCCUCCUCGCCAACGGAGGGGGAGGAUCCGGUUAAACCGAGCGAGCCCAAGCCCGUGCGUCUCACCCUCCCCCGCGCAGGGAGCCUGAACGAGAACGUCGACCACAGCGCUCUCCUGAAGCUGGGCGCCACGGUCUCCGAACGGGUCAGCAAGUUCGACCCGAAGGCAGAAGGCGGCGGGCAGCGAGGAGCCACCUCCCCCUCCUCCUCCGCCUCGUCCAGCUUCUCCAAGCUGCAGGAGACGCGCAAGAUCUUCGAGCAGCAGCAACAGGAGAAGGAGAAGCAGGCGGCCUCCAACCGCGUGUUGCUGAAAAAGGAGCGCGUCGCGGGGAUUCAGGACAGCCGGCUGGACGUGGUGGCUCGGUUCAACGGCAGCACCGAGUCGCUGGAUAGCCUCGACGCGGUGGGCGGCGCUACGACCGAGGCCGUGUCGCCCACGGUGAGCCAGCUGAGCCAGGUGUUCGAGCGGGCCGCGGAGCUGCGGAACAACCUGCACCGCUUAUCCAACACGCCGCCGCUCCCGUCGCGGGGCGUCACCGCCAAACCGAGCUCCCUCAACUCCAAGAUCAUCUCCAAACGCGUCCGCAGCUUACCGGCCGGGGCCCACCGGGACGACGGCUCGAGUCAGAACCAAAACGGCAGAGGCCACACACAGAACCAAGGCUCCAUCACCACAGACGGGUCAGUCUCCUCAGGCCAGUCGGCCACCGAUGGACCCCAGAGAGGAGACUCGGAGUGGGCAGAGAACGGCACCGGCGGCGCGGGUCCUAACGCCCAGGACGGCAGGGGCCAGCAGCAGCAGGCGUCCGGCGAGCCCUCUAGAGGGACCCGCAGUGGCCGCAGCCCCGUGGAGAACGGCAAGGAGGCCCCGGGACGGGACGCGGCCGAGGACGGGCUCUCUGGAGCGGGGGAGCGGAGCGGGGAGGCGGGCAGGGGGAGCUGGAGGCGCGGAGAGGAGCACAGCGACGAGGAGGAGGAGGCGCAGAGGGGGGGCUACUCCUCGUCCUCCGCCGCAGCCGCCGACCAGCAGCUGGACAUCAGCGCCUACAGCGCGGCGGGGGAAGAGUCCGCGGGCAGCCAGGACGAGGAGGAGGAAGAGGAGGAAGAGGAGGAGGACGAGGCCUACGAGCCCGAGUCCAGCUGCACGGAGAUCACAGGACUGCCCGCUGAGGACGAGACGCCGCCCAGCCGCAAGAUACGCUUCAGCACCAACCCCAUCAAGGUGUUCACCACGUACUCUAAUGAGGACUAUGAUCGGCGGAAUGAGGAUGUGGACCCCAUGGCCGCGUCUGCAGAGUAUGAGCUGGAGAAACGCGUGGAGAGGCUUGAUCUGUUCCCCGUGGAGCUGGAGAAAGACAGCGACGGCCUGGGCAUCAGUAUCAUUGGGAUGGGUGCGGGGGCCGACAUGGGGCUGGAGAAACUGGGCAUCUUCGUCAAGACCGUCACCGACGCGGGUGCUGCUCAUCGGGAUGGACGUAUCCAAGUGAAUGACCUGAUCGUGGAAGUCGAUGGGACCAGUUUGGUGGGGGUCACGCAGAGUUUUGCGGCAACAGUCCUGAGGAACACCACCGGAACCGUCAGGUUUCUGAUUGGGCGUGAGAAGCCGGGCGAGCAGAGCGAGGUGGCCCAGCUGAUCCAGCAGACGCUGGAGCAGGAGCGCUGGCAGAGAGAGAUGAUGGAGCACGGAGCACGCUACGGAAACUACAUGGGCGACGAGGACGAGGCUGGAGACUAUGGCUCUGAUGAAGAGGAGGAAGACGAAGAGGAGGAGAUGAGCCCCAUGUAUCCGGCCGCCAUCGAGGUGUUUGACCUGGCCGAGAACGAGGACAUGCUCUCGCCCAUGGAGAUGGACCCAGAGAAGCUCGCUCACAAGUACAAAGAGCUCCAGAUCAAGCAUGCUGUGACACAAGCUGAGAUCCAGCAGCUCAAGAGAAAGCUGGCCCACGCGGACCAGGAGAAGCAGCGGUGGCGCGGGGAGAAGGCCCAGCUGGAGCGUCGUCUGGGGGAGAACGGCGAGCGCAUGGAGAAGCUGGAGGGCUACUGGCUGGAGGCCCAGUCCCUGUGCCAGGCCGUGGACGAGCACCUCAAGGAGACGCAGGCCCAGUACCAGGCCCUGGAGCGCAAGUACAGCAAGGCCAAGAGGCUCAUCAAGGAGUACCAGCAGAAGGAGAUUGAGUUUUUGAAGAAGGAGACCCAGCAGAACACAGAGGAGGAGGUGGAAGCGGAAGCGGAGGCAGAGGCGGAGGCGGAGUCCUCACAGCAGGAAGAGGCGGAGCAGCUUCAAGACAAGGUAUCUGAGGAACCUCAGGUGGAGGAGCCAAAGGCUAGCGCCUCCUAAGGACGAGGAGUCUUCUGCUACAGUACAUUGAGGAGCCCACUCCUCCCUCCCGCCACACUAACCCCGAGGGGUCAACACUUUAGAUGACCCCCCCACCCCUCCCGCCGUCUUUCUCUCUGUGGAACUGGACACGGUGGAUGGACAGAGGUCUCCAUUCCUCUCCACCCUCUCACCCCCUCUCUGCUCACCUACCCCCACCCUCAGUCUGUCAACCAGCAACAUGGACAUUUGGAGUUCUGUUUUUCUCUCUUCUGUUAUUCUCUCUCUCUCUCUGUCUGCUCUGUCUGCAAACGGAGAACAGUUCCUCUUUCAUUUAUUUUGAUCUCUCUCUCUCUCUCUCUCUCU